GUGCGAAAAUAGGAACAAUGUGCUUAACAGAUUGCUGACGCCUUGCCCUCCAUGGAAGAGUCACGUGAUGCGGGGCUUUUACUCCAAGCUGGACUCCUCAUCAUUGGGCAUGCCUAUGCCACUAAACCUGGCUGUGGAGACAGAGAAGGCCCAGGCUUUGCUCCAGACCUUCAGCACUGCCUCUCUAUUGGCCAGUGCUGGCCUGGGGCUCUUCUGUUUCCUGGUAGACCACUUCUUGACACUUCCUUUCGUCCAGCAUCAUGUGUGGCUCAGGGCUGUGCUGGACAACUCCGCGCAUGGUGUCAUCGGCCUGUGGUCCUGGGCAAUCGUCAUUGGCCUGAAGAAGAAGAGCGACUUCUAUGAAGUCAUCUUAGCUGGCUUCCUGGCCUCUGUCAUUGACCUGGACCACUUCUACCUGGCAGGAUCACUGUCACUCAAAGCUGCUCUGAACCUGCCUCACAGGCCUCCACUGCACUGUUCCACAUUUAUCCCUGUGCUGUGCUUCUCUCUGAGGCUGCUCAUGUGGGCAUGUCGGCUGAAGGACUCAUGGUGCUCUCUACCCUGGAUGCUCUUCAUCUCGCUGGCCUCGCACCACAUUCGAGACGGCGUGCGCCACGGCCUCUGGGUGUGCCCAUUUGGUAACACAGCACCCAUCUCUUACUGGCUUUACGUCACCAUCACUGCCACCCUCCCUCACCUCUGCUCCGUCCUCAUGUACCUGACUGGCACCAGAGACAUGAUUUCCACCAAACAUGGUGUAGCUAUAGAUGUUUGAAACAUCUACUACCAACACAGAGUUGACAUCUGAGACGGGAUGCUCAUCAAAUGUGUGUGACCUGAGAGGUUUUAAGACGAGUUGUCCUUCAAACGUGGAACCACAGAUAUAUCUGAAAUCUGAUUUGCCAACACUGUGUUGCACUAAAUCCUUCUUUUUGUGACUCUCGGAACCUAAUUUGAGCAUCCUCUUUUCCUUCACAUCUCCAACAGUCUCUCCGGACCCUUUAAAAUUGGCUCUUCUCCCACCUUUUCUGAUUUAUCAGUGAUAAAUUCAGCUAGCUGGUCAGCCUCCUGAAAACAUUAAAUUAAUUCUCUCAUUUCAGACUAUGGCAGUGUUUGUAGUUAUAAGAUGGUCCAGUACUGUGAAUAUUAUUUGAAGGACUUCGUGGUUGUGUUGAACUGCCUGUGAACUAUCCAACAUUCAGUAGCACAUGCGUGCUUUCAAUGUCAUAG